GUCUCACUCAUUUCUUUAUUUAUAUCCAAGUCCAUCUUAAAGCCCAGUCAGCCUGGGAAAGCACCAACAAGCGCUUAUGUGGGAUCGGUGGCAUGAAGCGGCGAGAGGCAGCCUGACCGUGUCUGUUUUAUAGCUUUUGUCUGCCGCUACACCUGUGAGCAUGAGUGGGUUAACGCUAUCUGUCUGGCUGACAGCAGGGCAGAGGGAGGAAAGGGAAGCUUAAAUGAGUGAGAGGCAGGGGGCAGAGAGGAGGAGGAAGAGGAGUGACAGAAUGAUAGAGUGAAUUAAUUCAACCUUAGCCAGCCCUGAUUGAUUCGAUACCAAACUGGCAUGUACAAACAUUCACAGUGACAACUAAGCCAUGGAGAGAGAAAAGAGGAAUGACAUGUUCUUCUCCACAAAGAGAAGUUUCACUUUUGGGGCAUAUGGCAGUGUGGACCGACUCACAUGUGGGAAUGAGACGAGACCUGAAUCAGCAGAGGACAACGUACUGGACGCCCUGGAUUCUCCAGCCAGUGAGAGCAAGACUUUCCUUUCUUCUAGCAGCAACCAGAGGGACACGGAGCUGUUUGAAAUCAUUGAGAAGCUGCAGGGAAGCAGGAUCGAUGAGCAACGGUGUGAAUUCCCUCUGCCUCUGAAGUCUCAGCUUUUGACCAUAAGUGGAGACCUGCCUCUCAUCCUCCCUUCAAAACUAGAAGGCUACUGGAUCGACCCCCCUCUGGAGAUGCUUGCAGAUAUGAGUCCUACCUCUUCUCACUGCGGCCUUGAGCCAGAGAGCUACGACAUCAUGGAGAGAGACGGCGAGGCCAAAAUUUACAACGAGUUCUUCCGCUCACGAUACCAUCAAUCAUUCACAGCAGUGGAUCCAUCUCUGGGGCCUCUGGUUCUCUCUGUGUGUUUGGAGGAAGAGGAGAACAAGCUGCGUGUGAUACUAAGGAUGAAGGAGCGCUCUUUGUAUGGAGUUUUCUCUGCGUCUCUUUUCCCCAACAUCCCAUCAGCAGUUGAAUUAGCAAAGAUGCUCUGUGACAAAGUGACGGUCUCAAAGUUUGACGUGGUCAGCUACCUCAAGGCUCCAGAGCUCAUCACCACCUUUGAUGAACACAGAGUGUCUUAUAAUUUUAAGUUUGGUGUGCUGUACCAAAAGGCCGGACAGUUCACCGAAGAGGACAUACUGAGCAACAACGAGGAAAGUGAAGAGUUUAAAGACUUCCUGUCUCUUCUGGGAGAGACAGUGCAACUGCAGGGAUUCACGGGCUUCCGAGGAGGACUGGACGUGUGUCACGGCCAGACAGGAAGUGAGACGGUCUUCACUUCCUUCCAUGGGAGACAGAUCAUGUUCCAUGUCGCAACAAAGUUACCUUACACAGAGGGUGAUCCACAGCAGUUACAAAGAAAAAGACACAUUGGCAACGACAUUGUUGCUUUGGUCUACCAGGAGGGCAACACCCCGUUUCUAUCUGACGUUAUCAAGUCUCACUUCCUGCACUGUUUCCUCGUGGUCCGGAGGAUUCAGAGGGAGGACACAGGUGGAGCAUCUUACCAGGUGUCUGUAACAGCCAGAGAGGAUGUUCCUCCCUUUGGCCCAGUCCUUCCAGAUCCUCCGAUCUUCACUGAUCGUUCCCAGCUGAGAGAAUUCCUUCUGACCAAGCUCAUCAACGCAGACGUUUCCUGCUGUAAGGCGGAGCAGUUCAGCAGGCUGGCGCUCCGUACACGUUCAUCGCUCCUGGAGAACCUACAGUCUGAACUCUACAACCGUUCCCAGUGCAUGAUGGGAGAUCCAUCACUGGCUGCUGUCCCCUCUUCUGAGGGUGCGCGGGGGGCAUCUGAAGGAAGUGGGGGUUUUAUUGAAAACUUUAAGAGAGCCAUCCGAGUGAGGAGUCAUUCCUUUGAGACUCUUGGGGUCCCCAGGAAGACUACGGGCACAUCGCAGAAGCCUAAGACAGAAAAAGAUGGAGAGAGUGACAAAUCUUCAGGACCUCUUCCCAUCGACAGUUUGGGGGCAGCUGAACUCAAGGACCAAGCAAGUCCUCAGGAGGAGACAUAAAAGGAAACGUCAAGUAGUAAAUUAUAGGCGUAAAUAUACAUAUAGUCUGUAUGGUCUUUAUUAUUCCCGGUGGAUGACUUAUAUGUACAAAGGACGUGAAAGUAUAUAGUUUUCUAGAAAUAUAUUUAUUUUACUGUCAUAGCAGUGAUAUUCUAGAAAAAUAACUGGGUUUUAGUGAAAUAUUUGACAUAAAAACUGACAGGAAUGUUUAAAAUGUUUACACUCAGAAAAAUAUGUAGAAAAUAAAGAGUGAUGAUUGUACUAAGGAUGGGUUUGAAGCCAAUAAAACCUGAUCUCUAAUUUAGAACAAAGAGCAGAAAAUAUUUCGAUGUGUGUAUUUUAGAAGAUUAUUUUUGUGAUAGUCAAACUUAUUCUGAAGCUUCAGCUGUGUGUGAAAGCUGAACAUAUCUACAGCUCCUUAUCCUGAAUCUCGGGAUAUUUAGCCAUAAAUUAAAUGUGUAGUAUCAGUGUGACCAACAAUCACAUUAACAACUGUUACCAAAUGGUUUUUGUUUUGGAAAAGGCUAUUGGUAAAUCAAGAUUUCUUUUUAUUAUUCACCUGUACCCAAAGUUUGUCACAUAUAAGAUUCCACAGAAUGAAGAUGGAAGACCAGUGUUUUCCACAUCAAUUCUUUUGACAAUGUGAUGGACAAAGGAUUUGGUCAAGUGCUCAUUUGGUUUGAUUCAUCAGCAGCUGUCCUGGCUUUUUAAGGGUAUAUCAACAGCUGGGCUUAAUAUUAUUGGGGAUAUUCAGUUUGUGGUGUGUAAAAUGUGAAGAGUGACUGGGGAUACUUGAACUGAGUGAAAUGAAACUGCAGAUUCAGGAAAAAGGAAGAGCGGAGGAAGACACUUUCUUUUGAUCCAGUCUCGGGUCAAAAAGACAACACCUUGGACACUGCACAUUAAAUCAGAAGACACAUCCUACUGGGCUAUGAGAUUGUGGUCUACCUGAGAAAAAAGAGACUCAAGCCUACUUUCCAGAAAUGUACCAUGUAUAACACAAAAUGAAAAACCUUUACACUCACGUGCCACACUAAUUCAACAGGAUGCAUGCUAAUAGAACAAUCCUGCACUAAAUCUUUGUGAUGGCAAUCAGCAUUUCUUUAAAAUAACAGAUGUUGAUUCAGCUGUGCUUUAAUUUUGGACGCUGUGGUUCGUUGUACUAUUGAAUUAUAUUGUCUUACACUAACACAUGUUUGAUUUGACCAGUUUAGUAAACCGAACGUUAGAACUAGCACGAAGGGGAUUUGUUGAAUAUGAAUGAAAAAUAAAUUUGAUCUGCGGUUAA